AUGCUGUCCAUUAAGAGUAUAGAAGAAGCUAAGGCAAUAUGGGAGAAAAUUACUGAGCUUGAGGACCUAGCCCGAUUAAAUGUUGGAGAGUGGAUUUCACAUCAACCUACAGUGAUCCAAGAUAUUCCAGAACAAGAGGAUUCCUACAGCAAUGAGAAAGAUAUGACAGUUCAAAUGUUCAUUCUAAUGUUUGUAUGUUUACGCCCUAUACAAAUUUGAGGACAGAUCGAUCAGUAGAUGUUUGAUCUCAGCAAAAACAAGAUUCGCUCCACUUAAGGCACCAAGUAUUUCCACUUAAAAAUUAUGGAAGCAGUUACCCAAACUAGUGUGCAAGGCUCGUGGAGUUUAACAAAACAAGGCAACUGACUACGUUGCAAGCUGUUACAUCUGUUCUUGGAUUCAUAAUCAAGGUCUAAACUUUAAGCCUUCUCAUUGAACAUCAAGUAGGAGAGAUACACAAAGAUUCCAACCUCAAUCAAUGGGGUUAUUGUAAGUGCCCCUAAGGCACGGGUUUAUCCCUUGUUUUGAUUUAGUAAUCGUUUAAUUAAUAAUCUGUAAAAGUCACACUAGGUGCCUCAUCAUGCGUUCCGUAAGUGGUAUCGCAUUUCCAAACAGAACGGAUCUAUUGUGCAAUUCAAUAAUUCGAUCGAUUUUGCAAGCACUCGUGGUUUAAUAGAAAGAAAUUGUCUGUCGUUUUUAUCGAAGGAAGGAAAGGUCUUUUUUGUGUCAACUCUCGCCAGAUCCGGCAACAAUGUAAGUUUAAUUUACCUCGAGUGUUUCUAUAGCUAAUUUCUUGUCCCUAAUUUUGUGAAUCAAUUAUUUUUAGCUUCACGGUCAAAUACGACAUUUAAUAAAGGAGGCGUUUAACAGAAAGAAAUUGGGGCGAUAUUUGUUGUGUCGAUCAGUGAGAUUCGUACGGUCCAGCUAGAUCUAUAGUUAUGUUCCUGGAAAGUUAAAUUAAGCUGACUAUGGUACACAAGGACUGACAGUUAAGGAGUUAAUUGAUAAUGCACGUUCGGUGUAAGUGCCAGCCUUCCUUAAUCAAGAAAUUGACAACUGGCCAGAGUUGAGGGUUACAGGAUCUGUAUAGACCCUCAAGGUGCUAAAAGCUGAAGUCCAUGAACAAACAAAUUGCUCCUAACAAGACAUGCUAAACAGUUUCACGACCAGCAGUCAAGAAGAAAAUCAGAGCAGGCCAGACCCCACGAGUGUUUCCAAAUGGUAAAGAACAAAGCUAGCAAACAAGCUCAAAUUUGGAAUUUCCAUGGCAUGAGUACAAAGUUGGGUUCACCGAUUCAGAGGCACUUAAUGGAAAUUCAUUGAAUAGCAUGCUAUUAGAGAGCUAACAAGUGACGGAUUGAAGAGAGCAGAAAGUCAGAUCAUCAAUGAAGCACAAAAUGACAAAUUCCUGAAAAAACCAAGGCAUUAGCCAGUGGCAAAAAGCUUCCAAAGAAGAGUUUUAUUCUGGCAUUUACAAUAAUGGUUAUUUGAUAGAUAAUUACUAAGGCAGCCACCGUUAUGAGAUAUAUUGCAGCCAGCUUCGGGCUACAUCCUCAGCUGGCUGCAAUAUAUCUCAUAAUGCUGACUGCCACAGUAAUUAUCUAUUACAAUUACUGACUCCUAUUGUGCUCCCUCUGCAUUAUAUUAGCAAUUUCAGGUGCUUCCUUGUCAUUUGUUGGUAUGCAAACAAUGAAAUUAGCAUGAAUUCCCUUUUGAAGGUAGAAAUUGCAUAACACUUUUUUCCAUCUUUGUGUGUGGUAUUUUAUGUAUACAACCAACACACAAUCACACUGUUCUUGAGUGAAUGUAAACAUUAAUGUGAACAAUAUUUGCAUGGUAUAAAACACAUUGCAUUUAGUCAUUUCAAGUUUUGAGUUGCAAAAGGUAGUUUUGAUAAGGUGAAGGUAAGGUUUUGAUACAUGCACUGAAGUUGGACGGAGGAUUCCUUGGAAGAUAAAUCAGUCAUGAACAUAACGCAGAGCUCAAAAUCCAGCUACCAUCAUUGAAGGUAAUGAAAUUUUGUUUUUUAUAAGGCCAUACUUUAGCCAACUACUAAAGGCUUUUUUUGUUUUUCUUUCUUUAGGAGGGCAGAGGUUUAGAAGAUUGAUCUCCUUUGAGUGUGAGAACUUCGAAGAAAGUUGGGUAUCACACACAAGUUGUCCCAAAUGGGCAUGAGUUUUGGAAGUCUUCAAUCCAUGGCAAGUUAAAAGAAGUGAGGCAGUACCAAAAGAGAAUUAAAGUAGCGGGCCAUUAAUAAAUGAGAGUCUAAAUAAAAUGUCUGAGGAGCAGCUGGAUUUUGUCUUAGCACGAUUUUUUUAAGUCAAAAGAGAAGACAGGCAAGAGUAUACAGGGAAGACUUUAUACGAAGUGAUAGGUAGCAUGGGGGUUUGUGCCAUUUGCUUGUCAAAAGGAAAGUUGGUCAUGCAUAUAAAAAAUUAACUAAUGCAGAAUGUUGCCCAGUCGAGCUGUACAAGAAGUAUUUGUCUCAUGUGCCUAAAGAAAUUAGUGAUAACACAUUUUAUUUGCAUGCUUUGUCCAAACCAAGAGGAGUGGUGUGGUAUUACAAUAAACCAACAAGAAGAGAAAUGUUAGGAAAUGUGGUAAAGAAAAUCAUGACAAAGCCAGGAUUUGAGGGGCAUUUCAUAAACCACUCUCUCAGGCAAAGUACUGCCACAUGGAGAAUGUCCUGAGUGUCGCAGAUGAUUCGGUAUAAAGCCAGCUUUGCAUCAAAUGGCUCCCACAGCCUCAAUAUGAUUAGAAACUACAAUCAAGCCAUUUAAGCACUGUGCAGUCAAUUUCUCUGGACCAUAUUUAACAGUACAAGGCCAUGCCAAGGUUCGAGGUAAACAAUGCCCAUGUUUGUUUCUGUGCCUCCAAACACCUUGUUGCUACGUAGAGAUGGUAUAAGUAAGUAAAAGUAAAGCCUUUAUAUGGGCCAGUGCUUAACUCCGCUUUUCUUAGCAUGAAGUGGCUAGGAGUAUUGCCACUCCCCCCUGGAUGUGAUGCUAGUCCAUUGCAGGGUUACCCCCAGCACAUUUGCUGGUACCCAUUUGUACACCUGGGUGAAGAGAGCACUGUGAGAGUAAAGUGUCCUGCCUAAGAACACAACACAAUGACCCUGGCUGGGGCUUGAACCCAGACCACUCGAUCCAGGGUCAAGCGCACCAACCAUAAGGCCACCGUGCCUCCACAAAGAUAGUAUACUUGUUGGAUACAGAUGGCUUCCAUAAUGCCUUAACUCAAACAUUAACAAGACAAGGUUGGCCUCAAAAUAUGCUAAGUGACAAUGGCACCGACUCCAAUAGUGGAUGCAAUGAAAUCAAUCAGUAAGUGGAGCAACUUGACCAAGAAAAACUCAGAAAGGAUGACAUCUAACAAAGGCAUUGACUGGCACUGGAUGGAAGCUCCACAUUUUGGAGGAGUGUUUGAACAAAUCAUCAGAUCAGUGAAAGGGGCUGUAAACGCAAUCCUAGGAAAUGCAGAUGUAAACAACAAAGAGUUACAGAUGAUCUUUACUGGCAUGGAGAGGUUGAUGAAUUCCAGACUACCAACACCAUUAAACAGUGAUCCCAAUGACUAACCUGCAACGACCCCUAAUCGUUUUCUCAUAAGACACCUGGGUGGAGAACUGGAUGUAGACACAACAAUACACAUACAUAAUGGAGAAAAAUCCAAGAAUUAGUUUGUCAUGUUUGGAAUCACUGGAUGAAGGAAUAUCUAACAAGUACAAGUGUGAGGAAAAAGUAGCAGGAAAAGGAAAUAAAUGGAGAAGUUGUCUUGGUGAUAAACCCAAAAAUGCCAAGGAGACAAUGGAAGAUGGGGCGGAUUGUAAAUACUUAACCAGCAACGGAUGUCUUUGUCCAAGUCAAUGAUGUUAAGACGACUGAUGGAGCAUAUAGAAGACCAAUUUCCCUGAUUUCUCCAUUGGAAUUUCCAAAUUAAAAGUGCCUUUGACAUUAAAAUUCCUUCCAGAAAAUCUGGAAGGAGGAAAUGUUGUUACCUUUUCUGCAUUUAUGGAAUUGUUAAAAAAACUUUGAAAGAACUCAAUUUAGGUGUGCAAUUACGCACUUUGUUCCAUUUUUACUGUUCAAUUUCAGGCAUGCACUCAUUAGUUAAUUCAAAUGAUGAAAAUUUAAAUGAACGUAAUAUACUUUUUCACGACCAAAAAGAAAACCCAAAAUUUGGGAUUUUUGAGUCUAACUGAACUUGUAUUGUUCUUUCAGCAUUAAAAGGGGUUUUCUGGCUGUUUAUAAAGAUUUUGAGGGCUUUCAGGAAAACCAUCAGAUCAAAAUUUGUUGUCAUAAUUGAACCCACACAAAGAACACUAUACUCCUUCACACCCAACUACUUAAUUAAACAACAUGUAAUACUCUCACUAAGGAGUGACUCCUAGAGGCAGUACAGUAAUUAUCCACAAUAAACUUACUUUAACACACUACAAACUCUACAUUAGCUCAUCACUGACACAAUCUCACUGUUGUCGCCAAAGGUCUCUGAAAUGAACAAUUUUCCAUUGUAGCUCUCUCUUGGUAUAAUUUUCUACACAGUCAGUCACUGUCUUUCAACAAAACUAUGUUCUAGAAAGUUCCAUCCUUGAAAUUUAGAGCAAGUUGUUACCCAUGACCCAUUUGACAUACAAAAAUGUUUAAUGUUAAAUUAAUGUAUGCUCAUUGAAUAUAGCCGCCUCAUUUGCUGCUUCCCAAAGAAUUUUAAUUUUACUCAUAUUUCAGUUACUUUUUCUAUUACUUUGGUUACACAAGGAUCAUAUUUUGAACACAGUUCCUGUUUCAUUUCAAGCAACUGGAUUGGAUUGAUCUUUUUUUCAUUUUCGAAGACUACCUUCAUUUGGGCUUCAUCAAUGACCAAUUUCUUCCUGGAAGAAACAUGGUUAUGUUUGCUACUUAUUGCAGUCCUUUCACCUUGCUAUUUGUCAGGACGUUGAAAGAAAUUCUGGCCCACUCGCUCAUUGUUCUACUGGUCGCACCUACUCACCUCCUCGUGCUAUUUCACCCACCAACAAUCAAUCAAGUCACGCCCAAAUUGUUUUGGUCGAAGUCAUUUGGAUCAAACUUCAUUAUGUCUACUCAAAGCCCUUGGUAUUCUUAAGUACCAAGGAUGUCGUGCUGGAAAGGCUAAACAAGUUAAGAAACAGCUGUUCAUAAUAUUCUUCCACUUACUUCUUCAUGUCGAGAUUGUAGAUCAUUAAAUAUUCAACUUGUCACCUCUAAUGGAAAAACUUGACCAUUUUGAAGCCUCUGAGAUCAUUGCAGUCACCCAGUCUUCCUUCAAACAAUCUUUGUUUUGCCCUUUGUAAUGCUCAUUUCGUCAGGAACAAAGUUGAAACAGUCAUUGACCAUGCCGUUGGCAAUGACAUCGGUCUCUGUAUUUUUACAGAAACUUGGUUAAAGGAUCUAGAUUCUGUCUACAUUGCUGAUCUUUCUCGUCAUGGCCAUUUCUUCAAGAGUUUCCCAUGGCAAUCAAAAUCGAUCUGGUGGUGGUGCAGGCAUUUUAUUCCACAACGCGUGAUGAAAUGACCAAUGACUUUGGGUCCCAUUAACUCCCCUCUCGGAUCAUUUCUUUGUUGAGUGCUUUAACCACUUCCCAAGUCCAUCAAUCUCCACCAAGUCUGUGUCGUAUCACAAGUUUAAGAGUAUUGACAUUGAUGCAUUUAAAUCGGACAUCACUAUGUCUGUACUUUGCAGUGACACACACUGGAGUGACCUUGGCAAUUUACCCAAGCAGUACUUCUCCAUCAGAAAUCCUUGAUACGCAUCCUCCUAUAAAGACAAAAACUCUUGCUACUUGUGUAAGGAUCCCUUGGUUUAAUGCUGAUGUUCGACAGUUAAACCAUAUUCAUUGCAAGGCUGAGUGAAACCCUCUAAAAGAGGUCUUUCCUCAGAUUGGCUUGCAUAUCAGAAAAUCUGUAAUAAAUAUUCUGCUCUUCUCAAGUCUACUAGAACUUCUUAUCACUCAAAUUUAAUUGGUCGGUGUGCUUGUGACUCCAGGAAGUUACCUAAACUGGUUACAUUCCUCUGUAAGGAUCCUAGCGACAGUGAUCUACUGCCUCACGAUGAUCCAGUUCCACUUACAAAUAAAUUUGGGGAACUCCCUGUUGAAAAAGUUGAACUUAUCAAGGACUCCAUCUAUAAUAUCCAAGUUAAUCCUCCUUGUUCUGAUACUGCUGCUCCAGUUGUAAAACUUGACAGUUUUUCACCUCUAUCAGUUGAAGAUGUUAGUAAUAUAAUCAGUACAUCAUAUAAUGCCUCAUGCACCCUGGUUCUGAUCCCUAAAUGGCUUGUGAAGUCUUGCCUUGACAUCCUUGCACCCUCUAUCACUCAGAAGGUCAAGUUGCCUACUUGCCACGCCUACGUUCCCAAUGAUUGGAAAACUGCAAUUGUGAAAGCUCUGCUAGAGAAAAAUGGCCUUGAGUUAACCUAUAAAAAUUUUCAUCCCUUAAGUAAUCUACCAUUUAUCUCCAAGAUUGUCAAAAAAGCAGUUCUUUCUCAAUCGUUUAAGCCCUGUGAAGGCAAUGCUCCUCUGCUGAAUUUACAAUCAGGGUUCUGAAGAUUUCACUUCACUGAAACUGCCUUGCUUAAGGUUCAAAGUGGUACUGUUAUGUCAAUAGACCAUUUGGAAAUUAUGCUGCUUUUGAUACAAUCCAUCAUCAGAUUUCCUUAAUAUGCUUGAAAAUGAUUUUAGAAUUAUUGGCUCUGCCCAUAGAUGGUUUGCAUCUUACCUAUCUGGCCAAAAACAACAUGUUCUCAUUAGCGAUCACACAUCUGGUGACUUCCAUUUAAGCUGAAGUGUCCCACAAGGCAGCUGUAUGGGACCUAUAUUAUUUACAUUAUACAUAUCUUGACUGUCAUGUGAUAGCUAACCAUCUUCCCUCUGCUCAUGGAUAUGCCAAUGAUACACAACUUUACCUGUCAUUUAGAUCAAAUGGCAGAUCUUCACAAGACCAUGCCAUAGCUUCUGUAGAGGCCUGCAUCUCAGAUAUCCAUGCAUAGUUGAUUUAUAACCGCCUGUUAAUCAACUAUUCAAACACUGAGUUCUUAGCUGUUGGUUACCGCCAUAAAUUAUCAAAAAUCGCGAUCGUUUCUAUCACCAUUGGUGAUUCUACCAUCCAGCCUCUCAACAGUGUUCAAAACUUGGGUUCCUGGUUUGACUCCGAUAAGUCUAUGUCCAUUCACAUU